ACUCGCUUCUUUUUUUUUCUUCUCUUAUUCUUUCACGUAUCCUUCUUUCUCUUCCAACCCACUUCUCCAGCUUCCGUUCCGUCACGGUCACGUCCACCCACCGCCUUUCGUCAAUCUUCUAUCUCUGGGUGACCUGCCAAGUUCCCUUCUAUUCUUCUUGCCGUUUUAUUCAAUUUGGUUCUCCGCCUUCCCCGCGUGCGUCUCGUGCGUAUCCCACGCCUAUCAUUCCGUCAUUCUAUCUGGUCAGUCUGGUCCGACAAUAAAGCAGUAGUUUGCAUUUGUAUUUGCGUUUGCCUUUUGCAUCGGCAUCUACAUUUACAUCUACAUCUACCCACAUCGAUAUCGACAUCGGCAUCGUCAAUACCGAAGACCAUCAGAAUCAUCGUCGCGGCUUAGUAGUAGUAUUCUCGUUCAACCUCAUUACGACUUUAUCACAAGUUCUUCUACUCUUAUCAUUACAGAUAGGCGAUCAAGUGACUACAAGUCUACCGAGAUACUCCUCUACCUAAUAUUUCCUAAAUAGGUAGUCAUACCAAUACCAAGAAUAGCCGUUGCCUUCAAGCUCCGACUAGACCAAUCGAGGAAAAUUUUUGAUAAAUCUACUCAGCUGUCUAGUACGCCGGUCGCUUCCCCAAGCUUCGGGUAAGAGAUUCUUACGAACGACAAGAAGAAGAACAUACCAUCAAUCUUGCAAUUGCAUUCUUCUGUGACUUUGACUAGUCAUGGCGAGUCCGUUGCAGUUUGCCUACCGAACCCAGAAGGUUAUCGGCGUCACUGACGCCGACCCUGUCUAUGAACCUCUCCCUGGAUUCGUUCAACCCGAAGGAAACUUGAGGUGCUGUGUUUACUCGCCCUGUGGUCGAUAUCUCGCCUGGGCGUCCAGCGAACGUGUCUGUGUCGUCGAUGCAUCUGUUGGUCAUGUUUUGACCAACAUAACUAUCUCCAAUGUCUUCGAGGUCGCUUUCUCCCCCCACGGCUCAUUCCUAAGCACCUGGGAGCGCCCCGCAAAAGACGAAGCUGGCGAUGCGACGAAGAACUUUAAGAUUUGGCGAACUGUCGAAGACCUCCCCGAGGGAGCUGAGAAGCAACCUUUAGGGCGAUUUGUUCAAAAGUCACAGACUGGCUGGAACCUCCAGUAUACUUCUGAUGAGAAAUUCUGUGCUCGUCUUGUUACUAAUGAAGUUCAAUUCUAUGAUAGCAAUGACCUUAGCACAGUCUGGAACAAGCUUCGAGUUGAGGGUGUUACUGAUUUUGCUAUUGCGCCUGGUCAAAGUCAGAACGUUUCCGUCUUUAUUCCUGAGAGAAAGGGACAACCCGCCGCCGUCAAAGUCUUCAACGUCCCCCAAUUUACGACGCCGAUUUCGCAAAAGACUUUCUUUAAGGGCGACAAGGUUCAGUUCAAGUGGAAUAGCUUGGGAACGAACUUAAUUGUGCUGGCACAAACGGAUGUUGACAAGUCGAAUAAGAGCUACUACGGCGAAACAACCCUUUACCUCCUCAGCGCCAACGGCUCUCUCGAUGCUCGCGUUACCUUGGAUAAGGAUGGUCCAAUUCACGACGUCUCGUGGUCUCCGAAUGGUAAGGAAUUCGGCGUUAUCUACGGUUACAUGCCUGCAAAGACGACCAUAUUCAAUCACCGCGCCAUCGCCACUCACUCGUUCCCCAUCGCGCCGAGAAAUACCAUUACAUUUUCACCGACCGGUCGCUUCGCUUUGGUUGCUGGUUUUGGCAACCUGGCUGGUCAGAUUGAUGUUUACGAUCUGGAGAAGGACUACCGCAAGGUUUGCACCAUCGAAAGUGGCAAUCCUAGUGUGUGCCAAUGGAGUCCCGAUAGCAGAUACAUUAUGACAGCAACUACGUCUCCUCGCCUCCGUGUUGAUAACGGUGUGAAACUAUGGCAUGUAGGAGGAGGGAUCAUGUAUCAUGAAGACAUGGUAGAGCUUUACAACGUUACUUGGAGACCGGUUCUUCCAGAGAACCUCCCUCGUUCCGACCCUCUGCACCCCGUUCCGACCCCACAUUCUUCGGCGAUCGCAUAUCUAGGAACGGUCAAGACACCGUCCAAGCCUGUUGGUGCUUAUCGUCCUCCAGGUGCUCGAGGGAUGUCCACCCCGCUUCAUUUCAGACGUGAGGAUGAAGGAGGUGCCGCUCAUGUCAUGACGAACGGUUCUCAAAACAUUGGUCCGAAUGGGUUUGGGAGAUCGCGCCGCCAGAUUCCGGGUGCAGAGUUCCUCGAAUCGGGCUCUCGUACCGUUCCCGGUGCCGCUCCAGGUGACGGGCCUGGCGCCAACGGCGACGACAAUCUUUCGAAAGCGGCGCUCAAGAACAAAAAGAAGAGGAACAACAAGAAGGCCAAGGACGUCGAGAACAAGGACGGAUUGAACAAUGCUGGUGGCUUGGCUCCCCCAGCUCGGGAUCAAGGUCUGGGCUCUGGAAAUGAGGGACGUAGUCCCGAGCGUCGCGGGAACCAGCACAACCAGCAGAGACACAAUCGCAGUCGCUCGCGCCACAACUUCCAAGGUGGAAACCAAGGUGGUAACCAAGGACGUCAUCGCAGCAACACUCAGCAGAACGGGCAGAACGGACACUACGGACAUGGAGCGCCUCUCGCGCCACAGAUCCAGACUUCUCAGGCUCCCAUUCCGGAUUCUCUGAUCUCACCUGGUAGUCAAAAUCCGGCGUCUAAGAAACUGCGCAGCUUGCAGAAAAAGAUCCGCGCAAUCGAGGACCUCGAGAUGCGACACGCCGGCGGCGAGAAGCUGGAGGAUACGCAGAUGAAGAAGAUCGCGACGAAGUCCGCAGUCGUCAAGGAGCUAGAGGCCAUGGAGAAGGAGGCUCAUUGAUUUUCAGCAUUAGUUAGAAACUAGGGGAAGGAAUGGGGUGCAUUACCCAACAUCGAUAUGUCAGGCCCGGUUCUGGGUAGUCCGGUAACGGGAUUUUCCGGUGGCGGGGCCUUGGACUAGAGGCACUGGUAUCAUCGUGGCUUUGCAACCGGCGUUUAGGGGACGAAAAUGAAUGUUCACAGGCACGCGGCUGUUUUUCGAUGCCCGGAAAUCGUGGAUGUGGGGAUGAGGAUGCGGUGCUGCUCUUGCGAGUCAGGGCGAUAUUAUCUAAUACAAUCUUGACCCUGAAGAGGUGAUUCAAGUUUCCAAAUCAAGCCGUGUUUUUGCAGUGCUGGGUUUGUGUGGAUGAAGAAGAAGAUGAUGAUGAUGAUGAAGUGGUGAUUGAAAUGCCUCGGUUACGGGCUUGCGAUGAAUAUAUGACGAUUGAUGUUCUCGUGUCUUAUGAUUUGAACUUGCUAUUUGACUGGGUGUGAAAUGUACCUAGGUAGGUUGGUAGGUGUAAAGUUUUAAAUUGACAAUAUGCAGG